GGCUGGUGCUGGGGGACUCCAUGCGGGGACCAUGGACCGAGCGAUGCUCCUGGGACUGCCCCGCCUGUGCGCGCUGUGGGCAGCCCUGCUUACACUGUUUCCCUGUGGAGCUCAAGGAAGCUGGAUGUGGUUGGGCAUCGCCUCCUUUGGCGUCCCGGAGAAGCUGGGCUGCGCCAACUUGCCGCUGAGCAGCCGCCAGAAGGAGCUGUGCAAGAGGAAACCGUACCUGCUGCCGAGCAUCCGCGAGGGCGCGCGCCUGGGCAUCCAGGAGUGCAGGAGCCAGUUCCGCCACGAGCGCUGGAACUGCAGGGUCGCCGCCCCGGCCGCUGCGCCGCUCGACCAGGGCCCCCUCUUCGGCUACGAGCUGAGCAGUGGCACCAAGGAGACAGCGUUUAUUUACGCCGUGAUGGCUGCGGGCCUGGUGCACGCCGUGACCAGGUCCUGCAGCGCAGGCAACAUGACAGAGUGCUCCUGCGACAGCACCUUGCAGAACGGAGGGUCGGCAAGUGAGGGCUGGCACUGGGGGGGCUGCUCGGAUGAUGUGCAGUAUGGCAUGUGGUUCAGCAGGAGGUUCCUGGACUUCCCCAUCGGAAACACCACGUCAAAGGACGACAAGGUCCUCCUUGCCAUGAACCUGCACAACAACGAAGCCGGGAGGCAGGCUGUUGCCAAGUUGAUGUCAGUAGACUGCCGCUGCCACGGAGUUUCUGGCUCCUGCGCUGUGAAAACAUGCUGGAAAACCAUGUCUUCUUUUGAAAAGAUUGGUCAUUUGUUGAAGGAUAAAUAUGAAAACAGCAUCCAGAUCUCAGAGAAAAUAAAGAAGAAAAUGCGCCGGAGAGAAAAAGAUCAGAGGAAAAUACCGACUCACAAGGAAGAUCUACUCUACAUCAAUAAGUCUCCCAACUACUGUGUGGAGGACAAGAAGCUGGGCAUCCCAGGAACUCAAGGCAGAGAAUGCAACCGCACCUCGGAGGGUGCAGAUGGCUGCAAGCUCUUAUGCUGUGGCCGAGGCUACAACACCCAUGUGGUUAGACACGUGGAGAGGUGUGAGUGUAAGUUUAUCUGGUGCUGCUACGUCCGCUGCAGGAGGUGCGAAAGCAUGACUGAUGUCCACACUUGUAAGUAACCUUCCUUUCAUCCUUGGGCAGAACUCAGCCACAUUAGAUGGACUGCAAACCAGUGAGUACCUCGCACUGGGCAGGGCUGCCGGAGUGGACGCGUGCAUUGGAAUCCC